CAACAUCUCUACAACAACUGCAUAUGAAAAAUUAAGACAAUGGCAAAGCAGUGAUAAUGAAAUUUUAUCAACAAUUGGCCAAAAUCUUCACAACAUAAUAUUACAACCAGAUGAUCCUUUAUUCUCGGGUAUAAUUGACCUUCAAGAUAUAAAGGAGAAUAAUUGGAAUCUAUAUAAUAAACUCGAGAAAUGCCAAAUUUGGGGAGAAUUUAGUGUGAUUUCAAUAUUUUCAGCUUUUCCUGCACAAUUACAGAAGCUUGUUGAGUCAAAUUACGCAAAUGAAAGUUUUAACAUUGAUCUAUCAUGUUUAUCAAGAGAUCAAAGAGAAGAAGUAUUUUCAACUCAUGAGUUGAUUAGAAAAAUGUAA